AUGACUACGUCACCAUCUCAGUUGUUUGUUUUCGAUAUUAACGGUACUUUACUAAGUAGGGUUAAAAAACAAAAGCAUCGGUUUUUAACAAACAAAGCCCCAGAUUUCAUUUUGCCUUCAUGUUCAGAUCUUAUUUAUUUUCGGCCUUAUCUAUCGGAAUUAGUAUCUUUCUUGCACAGCCAGCAGAUCAAGUACGUUCUUUGGACGACAGCAAUGGAACAUAAUGCUGUGCAUUUAGUAAACGGAUUAAUAGGUCAAGGAUUAGACCAGGCAAUAGAACAUCUUUACUUUUCUACGGCUAAACCAAUUCCAGGCCAUCCGUACAAGCGAUACAAAGAUAUGCAAAUUAUAUCUGAUAAGCACCAAGUCCCAAUUGAACGUAUCUUUUUAGUGGAUGAUGAAGUUGAGAAGUGUGUGCCUAAAUCUUGCCAUUUACCUAUUGCUGAGUACGAUCCAUUGAAUGCUGAAGAUAGGGCCAUAUUAGAUAUAAUUGAUCAGAUCAAAAACAUUAUUAAUCAAAACUCUGAUACCAUUGAGAGUAAGAAAAGUUGCGCAUAA